UAGCUAUACUGCUAUUCUCGAACCUCAUCCCAUUGAGAACUCCAGGGCAGCCCAGCUACCAGCAUGUCGAAGCACAGACUUAUUAUACUAAGACACGGAGAGGGCCAAUGGAAUAAGGAGAACCGAUUCUGUAGUUGGGUGGACCAGAAACUUAACAGUGACGGACUGGAGGAGGCUCGGAACUGUGGGAGGCAGCUCAAAGCUCUCAACUUCGAGUUUGAUCUCGUCUUCACAUCCAUCCUUAACAGGUCCAUUCACACAGCCUGGCUGAUCCUGGAAGAGCUGGGGCAGGAGUGGGUUCCUGUGGAGAGCUCUUGGCGUCUGAAUGAGCGUCACUAUGGAGCCUUGAUUGGUCUCAACAGGGAGAAAAUGGCUCUGAAUCAUGGCGAAGAGCAGGUAAGGCUCUGGAGGAGAAGCUACAACGUGACCCCACCUCCUAUUGAGGAGUCUCAUCCCUUCUUCCAUGAGAUCUACAAUGACCGGAGGUACAAAGUGUGCGAUGUGCCCUUGGAUCAACUGCCACGUUCAGAAAGCUUGAAGGAUGUUCUGGAAAGACUUCUUCCCUACUGGAAGGAAAGGAUUUCUCCGGAAAUCUUGAAGGGCAAAACCGUUCUGAUAUCUGCUCAUGGGAAUAGCAGUAGAGCCCUCCUGAAACAUCUAGAAGGUAUCUCAGACGAGGAUAUCAUCAACAUCACUCUGCCCACUGGAGUUCCGAUUCUGCUGGAGUUGGAUGAGAACCUGCGUGCCAUUAAGCCUCACCAGUUCCUGGGCAACCAGGAGGCCAUCCAGGCAGCCAUUAAGAAAGUGGAUGAUCAAGGGAAAGUGAGACAAAACAAAUAAUAAAGUACGACCAGGAGCAAGCGGAGUGCGGGGUGGUGUGCAGUGCGUUCCCCUGUGGGCGUCUCCCCUCCUCCCAGUGGCUCACUUCCUCCAAGGCUGGUGGUAGAGUUUGUGUAGAUAACUAGGUAGUUGUCAUGGCCCAGACGUGACCUUUGGAUGUCUAAGUCCAACUUCACUUCUGCUCCUCCUGUUUGAUUUAACAUUGCAAAGUAGUAGCCAGCGGGGUUUGACCAAGGUUGUUUUGUGUUUUGGAGACAGGAGAGUAACAGGAUGAAAUUGUUUAUCACUUAACAAGUCGUCACUGAGUCCCCACUGGCAGGCACUGUUCCAAUGAGCAGGUCACUGUUUUAUUCCACAACAGUUCCUGAGAAGAGUGAACACUACUAGGUAGCCCUUGGGCAGUUUACACCAGCGGCCCAUCGAAUGGCAGAGUCAUAGAUGGGCCCUUGGGAAGGCAUCCGAGAACCACAGUAGCACAAGGCCCUUUGAUUUCCCCCAGCCCACUGCCGUCCUGUUUGCCGUCAGUAAAAUCAACUUCAGCCAGUGAGAAGGACCGGGAUUGGCACAGCCGUAGCCGUUUAUGCUCUUCUGUUUCUCUUUGAGCUUUUGAACUUUAACCUUUGGGGACUUAGCAGUUAGAUGAAAAUAAAGCUUUGUGACUGCAAACAGCA